GGAAAAAAAUGUCCGACAAAAAGCGACCAGUUUACGUGCAGUACGUCCUUGGCGGUCUAUCGGGUAUCGGAGCAACAUGCGUCGUCCAGCCGCUGGAUCUGGUCAAGACACGCAUGCAGAUCUCCGGCAUGGGCGGUGCGGCCAAGGAAUACAACAACACGUUCGAUGCAAUCGGUAAAAUUGUGCGGCGGGAGGGUUUGCUGGCAAUGUACAAGGGACUCAGUGCGGCCAUCAUGCGACAGGCAACCUACACAACGACCCGUCUCGGUGUGUACACGUCGCUCAAUGAUGCCUACAAACAACAAACCAACAAGGCACCGAAUCUACUUGCAUCGAUGGCAAUGGGUAUGACGGCCGGUGCGAUCGGUUCGUUCGUAGGUAAUCCUAGCGAGCUAAUCUUGAUCCGAAUGACCGCCGACGGACGACUGCCGGUGGCCGAGCGACGCAACUAUACCGGAUUCUUUAAUGCACUCUUCCGAAUUGCCCGUGAAGAAGGCAUCCUCUCACUCUGGCGAGGAUGCGUUCCAACGAUGGGACGUGCGAUGGUGGUGAAUGCUGCCCAGCUCGCUUCGUACUCGCAAGCCAAGGCUUAUCUGGUCAGCUCCGAGCUGCUAAAGGAAGGCAUCGGUCUACACUUUACCGCCAGUAUGUUCUCCGGUCUCAUUACUACGGCGGCCUCAUUGCCAGUGGACAUUGCCAAGACGAGAAUUCAAAACAUGAAGGUCGCACCGGGUCAAGCACCACCGUACAAGAGCACGAUCGACGUAAUUGUGAAAGUGAUCCGGCACGAAGGUCUGUUUGCGCUGUGGAAGGGUUUCACCGCUUACUACGGCCGUCUCGGACCGCACACGGUGCUAACGUUCAUCAUACUCGAGCAGCUGAACGGACUCUACAACAAGCAUAUGGGCGUGGAGGGUAGCAAAUCGGGCCUAUAA